CUCCACGAUCCAGUAGUGACUCUGAAUGCUUCAGAACUCUCAGACCACGGGAAAAGGCUACCAGGACUUCAAUAUUGCGAUCAGAUACCUUUCCAGCAUCCAAACAGUCCGCUUAGAUUCAUAAACAUUUUUUUCUCGAAUGUUCCAACUGGUUCUUGAAUCAUCUCAGGGAUCAUCCUUUACAACACCGAUGACGCUUGGCUUUACGUCGUAACGAACGUUCUAGACAAGCCAUAAAGCUAUAAAACCAUGUUCGGGCCGGCCUCGUAGCCUCUGACAAUCGAGUCAACCAUCACAACUUCAAGUUAAUCUACAUCUCAACUACAUCCACCAUGUCUGUCUACUACUACGAGCCUUUCUACAACUUUGACCGCUUCUUCGACGAACUCUCUCGUGGCGGUCAACCUCGAGAAAGCCAGGAUAACGCUGUUACUAGCGUUGUCAAGUCCGUCAAACCAAGGAUGGAUCUUCACGAAGAUAAAGAGAAAAACGUCGUCACCGCUACAUUCGAGCUUCCCGGACUUCAGAAGGAAGACGUUCAGCUUGACGUUCACGACGGAAGAUUGACCGUCUCCGGAGAGACAAAAAUUUCCGAGGAUCAUGAACAGGGUGGUUAUGCUGUUCGUGAAAGGAGGUUUGGAAAGUUUUCUCGUACUCUACAGCUUCCAGUUGGCGUCAAGGAGGAAGAGAUCAAGGCGUCUCUGGAGCACGGGGUUCUUACGGUCACUUUCCCCAAGACCGGGAAGCAGGCUGAGCCCAAGAAGAUUACUAUUUCUUAGACGUUGAGUUUGAUAACGAAUUGGGAGUUGGGGAUCAUUGGGGAUCAUGGAGUCAAAAUAUAAUAUAUGUACAAAAGUACUUGAAUAUCAAUCAA